CAGCAUGCCAUUGUGUUGGAACACCAGGCACUGGGAGACACACUCGGGCGCAUUCACACAUUCGCGCUGUGGCACGGGCGCACACACGCGUACGCGCUUCCAGUCUCUGGCCGGCGGGCAUCGCGUAGGGCUUCUCUCCUCUCUGCGGCUGCUUUUUCCAGACUCGCCUGUGGGACCCCGCUCUCCUCCUGCCUCAUCUCUCCGCUUACCGCCCCAACCAAGCCCAUCGGCCAUCAGCACCCCAACGCGAACCUGGGAUCAGGACGCUCUGCAGAAGAAAGUCACUCCACUGGCUGGUGGAUCUCGCAGUACCACUCAUAAGUUGGCUCCUUCAUCACUGUGAGGAAGAGAAGGACAGACAGGAAAGCCUUAUAAGACUUAUAUUAUAAUUUAGUACUAUGUAUAAUAGUAUAUAUAAUAUAUAAUAUAUAUAAUUACUAUCACUAUUAUAAUAAGACCUUGGAGUCUUAUUGGCUGUGAUCUACGAUCUACCCUUUUCUUGUUGACUCUCGCUUAUCCCCUGAGAGGGAAACCAGGACAGAGCCAGUUGGUUGAACAUUGAAGGAGCAGCGAGAGGCUAACAGACCUAUAAGUCCAUAUAAGUGUUGGAAGCAGAAGCGGAUCCAGCGGACCCUGCUCCAUCAUGGCCUCCACUGGUCUGCAGCUCCUGGGCCUGGUCCUGUCCCUCCUGGGCUGGGUGGGCGGGACCCUGGUGUGCGCCGCCCCCCUGUGGCGCGUCACCGCUUUCAUCGGCAACAACAUCGUGACGGCGCAGAUCAUUUGGGAGGGGCUGUGGAUGAGCUGCAUCGUGCAGAGCACAGGCCAGAUCCAGUGCAAGGUGUACGACAGCCUGCUGGCCCUGCCCAGCGACAUGCAGGCCGCGCGGGGCCUGUCCAUGCUGUCCGUGCUGCUGAGCGGCCUGGCCUUCGCCCUGGGCGUGGUGGGCGUCAAGUGCACCAAGUGCCUGGGCCGGCAGCACCUGAAGGCGCGCAUCAGCCGAAUCUCCGGCAUCAUCUUCGUCCUGGCGGGCUUCCUCUACCUCGUGCCCGUCUGCUGGACGGCCCACUCCAUCAUCCGGGAUUUCUACGACCCCCACGUGGCCGCCCCGCACAAGCGGGAGCUGGGCCCUGCCCUUUACCUGGGCUGGGGGGCGUCGGGGCUCCUGCUGGUGGGGGGCGCGCUGCUCUACUCGGGGUCCAGCCCGCCGGGGGCACCCUCCUCGCCCACCUUCAGCGGGAGCAGUGAGGACAGCCCUCGCAGGGUGCCGGGUGGGGGCGCCCAGGUGAAGGGGUACGUGUGAACACCCCUCCCCCCCCAAACACCUCCUUCAUCCCACCCCCUGCUUGCCGCUACACGUUCCCCAUUGCCAAUCCACCACCCCCUGCCCAAAACCCCUGGCGCACCCUGGCCCUGGGAACACCACCCCCUCCCCACACACACACACACACACACACCAAUCCACCCAGUUUUCUCAAUGUCAGCCUCGUAAAUAAUUUCAUUUUUGCCUGUAUAUCAUUGUCUGUAGUGUUCAUGUCUUUCUGAGAGAGGUUGUGGAGAGAAAUGUGAACUGUUUUUAUUUUAUUCCACCUCUGAUCUCAUCUGAUAACCCCCUUCACUGCGUGCAUGUAUUUUUUUUCUCCGUGUAAAAAAAACACAAAUACAAUAAAGCCUUUGGUCUUUCAACAA